AUGAGACUCCCCUUCCAGGCGGCACUCGGUGGCGGAGGGCGGGUCAACCUGCAGGAUGCGGUCCGGGCGGCGGGGCUGGACUGGGAGGGCCGCCUGCACUGCGGGCUGGACGACACCCGCUACACUGCGCGGCUGCUUGUUGAGCUCAUGGGGCGUGGGGUCAAGAUCAACAUCACCGGCUCGCUGGCGCCGCCGCCACCGAUGCAGAAGCAGCCGGCUCGCACAAGCCUUUGCGGUGGCUCACCGGCGCUGGCGUCGGCACUGUCGCCGAUCCAGCAGCAGCCGCCUCGCACAGGCCCUUUCGGUGGCUCGUUUGCGCUGGUGCCGGCGCCGAUCCAACAGAAGGAGCAGCCGCCGCAGCCACACAUAAUCAACCCCUGCGGUGGCUCCACUGCGCCGUGCUUCUGGUACUGCGGCAUGGCGAGCAGAGGAGGCAUGGAGCCAGGGCCGAUGCAGUCUGGAUGCGGCAACUGGACGCCGGCCAUGGGACCCUACUUCCUGUGGAGCAACUGA